AUGUUCUGGCAGAAAGAACUCGGGUACGACCCCAAAGACUACCCCAACUAUCACCCCUAUCAAGGAACUCCCUUCACGCGCCUGCUCAAGCAGUGGCCUGAGAUCCCUCUCUUCAUCGUCUGGACCUUUACCUUUUUAUUUUCCAUUCUUUCGAUCCUCUGCGAAUGGCUGGACAUGUUCGUUCGUGAUCCUCUUCACUUCGGCAAGGCGAAUGCUUGGCUCGUCGAGCAGUAUCAGUCAUGCGACUCUGUCUUCCAGAUCACUUACGGAGCUUUCAUCACUUUUUGGUUCUUGCAUCUAUGUUACUGUGGUUUGCUUGUCGCUUUGGAUGAGCUGCUUCACGCAUAUGAUGAUCCUGUCUGGGCUUGCCUUCAGCUCUUAGACCUUGUGGAUUAUCUCCAGACUCUUUCCAUCCGCAUCUUCACUGGUAUCAUCUUCGGUAUCCUCAACGUCAUUACCAACUCAGCCAUUUUUAUCUACGACAUGACGGAACACGGCCUUGGCUCCUUGAUUGUCCUCCUCGGCGUCGUUGCCCUAUUCCAGCUAUACUAUUACCUCUUCUUCUACGACCCCACUGCCGAAGAGAAACAGCCUCCUCAGCCUCUCAGAAGCAUUCUCAAGAAGACUUCAGAGAAUGUACUCCAGUCUCAAAUCACCAAAUCCGAGUGCGGCUACGGAAUAUUUGCCAGCCCAGCAGUAACUCCCAUUCCGAUAACACCUUAUAACCCACCAUGGAGAAGCAACAGCGGUUGCUUCCGAGUACCUACACCCUCUACUGGAUCAUCCAACUCAUCUCUUGACAGAACUCCAUCCCGGAGACGUCCUAGUCCUAAGUCCAACAAGCCUCCUGGAGCAUCAUAUGUUUCAGUUUCACCCAAGUCCGCCGAAAAGCUUCGCGCUGAUGGCUAUGGUGUCCCAGAGCCAACCAGAGAACCAACUUACUCCUGGAUCAAACCCGUCACACCUGCAAAACUCAUCCAUCUCCCACCGGAAGCCGAGGAAGAGGGAAGAUUCAUCCAUUCCAUCGCGCCCACAAAGGCCCAGUGGGUCUACUCUUCUCUUGAUGCCGUCGAGCGACGAGUCAGGCACAUCACUGAAAACGUCGAGGAACUCGCCGCAAAAGUCACUUCAUUCAGUGAAGCUGCCACUAUUCAACCCAUCCCCGAACCCUCAGGUGAUCUUCCAGCCUCACCCCGAACACAAAAGCGUGCAGCUACAAUCCUAGAAAGAGAGCGCAUAAAGGCUGCCAAGAAAGAACAUGCCCCGAAGAUCGAACACGCCGCAAUGGCCAUCUUCCAGCAGCAGCACGGCGUCGAACAGCUCAUAAAACAAAUUAAGAAUUUGAUCAAUCAGACAAAAGACCCUGUCUCUGGCGCAGCGGGCCGCGAACUGGAAGAUUAUAAAGUCAAAGUGAAGAGUAUCUUUGCUAAUGCUAAUCAAGAACUGAUCAAGUCUCGAAAUACUGAGGAUCUUUGCGAUGAGCAUCUUGCGAAGCUGGCAAACGAAGCCGGUCAGUUGAAGCGUCUUGAUAAAGCUCACCUGCUUCUGUUGGAGAUCAACGCCAGGAAGGCUGAGAUGAAGGAAAUGCGAGAUUUGGGGAUGACGAUCAAAUCCACAUACAAAAACGACUAA